AUGAAUGAUAAAGAGCCACUAUUAAAGAACUAUAACAAACUACUUAAUGACAAUGAUAGCGACAAUGAAAACAAAAGUUUUUCUGAUUGGCGUCAAUAUUUCAAUCGGCAAAAGACUAAUGCUAAGAAUAAAAAGUUAGAUGAUGAGAUCAAACAAACUACUAAAGAUAUUCCAAUCAAUGUUUUUCAAUUGUUUCGAUUUGCUGAUCGUAUUGAUAUUCUUCUUAUAAUUAUUGCUCUGUGUCUCAUAUUAAUACAUGAAGUUUGUGUUCUCGCAAAUGUAAUUCUUUUUGGUCGAAUCACGGGAUUAUUUGCCACCACAUCAUUUGCUGUUGAUUGUAAUAAUCGAUAUCAAAAUUUAACAUCUACAAACAUCAAUAACAGUGUAUGUCCUCUUGGUAUUGAUCUUAAUCCAUUAAAUUAUGAUCGAUUACAUAAACUAUGCCAUUAUAAUAAUAAAACUAUUUCAUCCACAUUAUCUCCAUUAACGCCUUUAUUUCAUGAAAAUGUUAUGCAUCUAGUUCAUUGGUUCUUGGGUAAGUCUAUUGAAUAUGAUGAUUUAAAUUUAAAAAAACAAGCGAUUUGUUGUUUUUGUAUCAAUGUAGGUUUAAGUAUUCUUGCAUUUCUAUGUACUUCUCUUGAAUAUAUCUGUUGGACAACUGCUACGAAACGGCAAACAUCUCGCAUGAGUGUUUUACUCUUUCAAUCACUUAUUCAACGUCUCAUCGCAAAAGAAACAGAAGAACAAUUAAAUACAUAUUCAAAAGCUGGACAAAUCGCUCAAGAAGUAUUUAGUUCAUUAAGAACUGUUCUUUCAUUUAAUGGAAGCAAAUACCAACAAAAACAAUAUGAUAAAGAAUUAAAAUUAAGUGAAUGGUGUACUGUGAGGAAAGAUGCUGCAUUUGGUGCUUUUUUUGGUUGGUUAUUUUUUAUAAAUUUUAUAGUUUAUUCAAUUGGUUUCACUUUUGGUUCUAUUCUUAUGUCUUAUGAAACUCAUCGUAUACUGACCAUUAGUGAGAUUCUUGUUGUUGUAAAUAUGUUCGCACAAGCUUUAAGUUUUCUUAAUUCAAUUGGUCCUUUCUUCCAAUCAAUUUCGGAAGCUCAAGGUGCAGCUGUAUCCGUAUUUCGACUUAUUGACGAGAUACAUGAUGAAAAUCUGAAUGAAAGAGAAAUAUUGGAAGAGAACAUAUCUGAUGAAAACUCGAUUUCUGAUAUCAAUGGUGAUAUUGAAUUUGACAAUGUUAAUUUUUAUUAUCCAUCAAGAGAAAAUGCAACAGCUUUGAAUAAUCUUAAAUUGAUUGCUCGUGCGAAUCAAACAACUGCUCUUGUAGGUUCAAGUGGUUGUGGAAAAAGUACAUGUGUAUCACUUCUUCUUCGCUACUACGAACCUUCUUCAGGUAGAAUUAUGAUUGAUGGUCAGUCAAUUACAGAUUAUAAAAUUAAACAGUUUCGACAACAUAUUGGAGUUGUUAGUCAAGAACCUAUUCUAUUUGGAAUAAGUAUUUAUGAAAAUAUUCGUUUUGGUAAAUUGAAUGCAACACGUGCAGAGAUUGAACAAGCAGCAGAGCAAGCUAAUGCACAUAAAUUCAUUAUGAAAUUACCAAAUAAAUAUGAAACGCUUGUUGGUGAACGUGGUAUACAGUUGAGUGGUGGUGAGAAACAACGUAUUGCAUUAGCUCGUGCACUUGUCAAACAACCCAACAUUCUUUUAUUAGAUGAAGCAACAAGUGCACUUGAUGAUGUUAGCGAGAGAAUUGUUCAAGAAGCACUUGAUCGAGCAUGCAAAAAUCGUACAACAAUAGUUAUUGCUCAUCGUUUGACUACAAUUCAAAAUGCUGAUUAUAUCUAUGUAUUAGAUAAAGGAAGUGUAAUUGAAGAAGGUACACAUGAAACAUUAUUAAUAAAAGAAGGAGGAAAAUAUCAAACAAUGGUCAAAAUGCAGCAAUCUGAAAAAACGAUUGAUACGCAAGAUGGGUUAAUGAAUAUGACACAAGCAGAAACUGAAGAUAAAGCACAAAUAUUAGAGCGUGCUCGUCUAUUGAGUGAGAGCGAAGCAACUGAUAUAAAUCAGAGAACUUCGAUAUCAACAAGAGAAAAAUCUGUUUUUCUUAGACUCUUGAAGAUGAAUAGUCCUGAAUGGAUAUUUAUCUUGAUUGGCUGUUUAGCAUGCUUACUUGGUGGAUUACGUGGACCACUUUUCUCGAUUCUAUUAGCGAAAAUAAUCAAUGUGAGUGAUUUAUUUGAAUUUAAUGAUUGUAAAUACACUGAUAUACGUCGUCGAGUGUCGAUUACGAGUGGUUUAUUUAUUCUUUUGGGCGCUGCUUUUAUGAUUCUCCAUUUUUUCCAAUUUGUGACUUUUGGAAUUGCAGGAGCAAAAUUAGUUAGUCGUCUUCGUUUAAAAGCAUUCGCAUGUUUACUUCGUCAAGAAGUAGCUUACUUUGAUCAACCUGAAAAUAGUUCUGGUGCUAUAUGUACUCAACUUUCUUCUAAUGCAGCUGCUAUUGAAGACAUGGCUGGUUCAAGAUUAGGUGUUAUCUGUGAAGGUUUAUCCAUGUCUACUUUUGGCUUCUUGCUUGGUUUCUUCUACAAUUGGGAAUUAACAAUAAUCAUAGCUAUUCCUUUCGUUAUCCUACUGAUUGCCAAUGUUAUGCAGAUACGGCUGAGUUCAUGGUUAAAAACACAAUCUGAUCGCAUUUACUGUCAAGCUAGCACGCUUGCUGUUGAAGUUCUUACUAAUAUGCGCACAGUAAAACAGUUAUCAAUGGAAAAUGAAGUUUUACGACAAUAUUCGGAUAUGAUUGAUCAAGUAUUAGGAAUGUCUUGGAGACCUGAAGCACUGUUUGCAGCAGUAUUUGGAUUGUAUUGGAUGAUGGACUCAUUGAUUUUGGGACUUUUGUAUUGGCGUGCUUUGGUUCUUGUUGAAAACAAUGAACUAGACAUGAACGAUAUUGUUAUAAUUUCUGCUUUUGGAAUGUUCGCAUUAGGAUCGAUAAAAGUUGCUGGAAUGUUAGCAAGACGUAUUGGUGCAUCAUUUGCUGCUGCUCACGCUUUUUUCGAUCUAUUCGAUCGAAUACCAACUAUUGAUAAUGGAUCUAAUAAAGGACAAAAAUUAACUAACUUUAGUGGAGAAACAGAAUUUAAUCAAGUUAAAUUUAUUUAUCCAAGUCGUCCAACAGUUCUUGUUCUUAAUAAACUUCAAUUAUCUAUUAAAUCAGGUCAACGUAUAGCUCUUGUUGGUGCAUCUGGAUGUGGAAAAUCAACAAUAAUUCAAUUACUAGAACGAUUUUAUGAUGUUACAAAUGGACAAUUGACUCUUGACGGUAUUGAUAUUCGAAAAUUAAAUAUUCAAUGGGUUCGUUCUCGUUUGGGUGUUGUUAGUCAAGAACCUGUUUUAUUUGAUUUAACAAUUGCUGAAAAUAUAGCAUAUGGAUUAGAAAAUAUACCAAUGGAUGAGAUUGUUCUUGCUGCAACUAAAGCUAAUAUUCAUGAAUUUAUUCAACAAUUACCUCAAGGUUAUGAGACAAAGGUUGGAGUAAAAGGUAGUUUUUUAUCAGGUGGUGAAAAACAACGUGUUGCUAUUGCUCGAGUUCUUAUUCGUCAACCUAAAAUAUUAUUAUUAGAUGAAGCUACAAGUGCUAUGGAUCCAUAUAAUGAACGAAUAGUACAGGAAACUCUUGAACAAGCUCAAACAGAAAAUUCUAGUCGAACAUCAAUUAUUAUUGCACAUCGUCUUUCAACAAUACGUUCAUGUGAUGUAAUACAUGUACUUGUAAUGGGUCGUAUAGUAGAAAGUGGUACUCAUAUAGAACUAAUACAAAAACGUGGAAUGUAUUAUAAAAUGUCAAAUGCUCAAAACAACGUCCAAUAA